GAGUAUUGUAGAAAUAAUUCAAAAUAAUCUUGUUCGCCCAGUUUUUUUAUCUCUCAUAAUACACUAUCAUCGAGAUAUACGCAAACCGAGAUUUUAUAUCUCCGUGACAACGUCGAAAGCUCAAACGUCUUUCCCGUUUCAGGUCAGCUUUUCCUCGAAACUUAUCUGGUGUGCUACUGUUUGCCUGCAUGUUAUCCCCAAAAAUAGACCUUCCAAAUAAAUAUAAUUGGAUUAAUUCUGCAGGCUAUUGUUUCCAGAUUUUCGGUUUCUCUUCUAUUAUGGCCAUUAUCUAUAUGAUUCGGAUGCAUCUUUCAUGAACUAAGUAAGAAACGUUUUUAUUAUCUAGGUCGGUUUUUAUUUCUAAUUUACUUGUCCUAGUCAUGUUCUCCCAUUUGGAUUUAUCAUCUCUAACUUUUGAUUCAUUUAAUCUAUAAAUUUCCGUGUGUUAAUGCUAUCCAAGUUGGAAUGGCGGGGAGAGAUAGAAUCAGUCAACUCCCAGAAGAUAUAUUGGACCAUAUUUUGGGUUUGUUGCCUAUUCAAGAUAUUGCUAAGUUUGCAGUUUUGUCUACCUUUUGGAGAGAUCUCUGGUUCACUCUCACGCAGCUCUGUUUUGAUCUUCAGUUCUUUAGCUACUUUGACAAAAAAUAUCAGUUUAGAAGAUAUGCCAUGAAGUCCCUGCUUUGUAUGUAAUCAACAGAGUUCUCUUGCAGCAUAAGGGAACUAUUCGGAAAAUUGUCAUUGAUUUAUCUCACAUGGGGGUAAAUACGAUUAGGUCUAGGUCUUUUGACUUUGAUCAAUGGCUACGUUUAGUCACUUGUAAAGGUGUUGAACAAGUCCACCUUUAUUUUGGGCAUAAACCAUACCAGUUGUCGCAUUAUAUAUUUUCGUGCUCAACACUCAAGAGCUUGUAUCUUCAUGGUAUUGCUAUUGAAGUAUCUACAUUUUGUUUGCACGGCACUUUUCUGAAUCUUACCUCACUAUAUUUUGAAGAUGUUAACUUUGGUCUUACACAUCCCCCAUAUGAAGCUGUUGAAGUUCCUAAGCUAAAGAAUCUAUCCUUUAGGAGGUGUACUAACGUAUUACAGUUCAACAUCACUGCUACAAAUCUUUGCACUUUGAAAAUCAAGUAUUGUUUCUAUUGCAAGUUCUGCAAUUUCCCCACACUCGCCCCUGACUUGAUAUCUAUUCGUGUGCUUGAUUUGGACUAUCAUUUUCUCAAGAAUGAAUUUUUGGCUAUAAAGGUACUUCCACCACAAACAGCCACAAUAAAUGUGGAGUCGCUAAAGCUCUCAAAUUUUCGCUUCCAAGAUGACAGUAGGACUGCUGCCUUUGUAAGCCUACUUCGCAUAUGUCCAAAGCUAUUCCGUCUUGGAAUAAGGCUUUCGGUAAUACGUAGUAUAUACUUGUAAUCUAUUGUAUGAAUUUGGUUGCUUCCAUUAUAUUCUACGUUUGGUUCAUAUUGUACUACGCACAAUCAACAACGUUUUACUGUGUUAAGCUGAACCAUUGAUUUUUGACUGUUUCUGUUUUGCAUUUUUGAAGUGGACAGAAGAUAGUCAAGAUAAAAUAGAGUCUACAUCGGGGCGCUGGAAGAAACUUCAUAGGGCGGUUCGAAAACACAAACAACUUUGCGUUUUGCUGCUUAGCUCAUUCCAUGGGAUAAGAUCUGAAAUGCUUUUCAUAAAGGAGAUGCUGGCCUCUCUUCAGGCACUUGUGCUGAGCGUAUGUUUGGCGACCAGAAAUAUGAAACUUUGGAAGAAGUUUUGCAAUUUCCACGUGCAUCUCCCAAAGCAAAAAUCGUUGUUUAAUGGCUAUCAUUCCAAGUAGAAUGUGCUAGUACAGAACUCUUAUUGGCAUGAGCUCAUGGGUGGCAUUUAGUUUUUUGUGUGCACUUCAACACUACACCCACUCUAAUUUUCCUAUGGAUAUUGUGUCAUGCACUAAUCAAUUACGUUUUGUCAAAUGGAUGUUAUGUUUUCUGCCGAAACUUACGAAUUGGUGUAAUGACUAUGUAAUCUCUAGCAGGGCCGGCCCAGGGCCAG